AGUUCGGUGGAAGCCAUCUCGCAGGCUGCGAGCAGACGAACUCGCCUACGGGCUCCCAGGUGAGACCACAUCAACAUGGACAUCGGUGGCCUAGAGACAGUGGUGGCCAACUCGGCCUACGUGUCAGCCCGUGGAGAUGCCGGCCCCUCCUCAGCGCGGGACAAGAAGAUGCGGGCAAAGCUGAAACUGCCCCACAUCACCCAGUGUGAGCACCUCAAGGACUCCUUGGACCUGGACUUCAACUUCAUCUGCGUGAGGCAACCCAUCGGAAAGAGGCUUUUCCAGCAGUUCCUGGAGGAGACGGACGAGUUCAAGGCGGCGUGCGGAUUGUGGAAGAGCAUAGAGGACUACAACACGUCGGAGGAGGCCGACCGACCCCAGCAGGCCCAGAAAAGCAUCAACAAGUACUUUGACUCGGCCUCCAAGGAGUUCUGCUCCUUCCUUGAGGAGAAGGCCAUCAUGAGAGUGAAGGAAGAUGGCAAACACGGUCACGGGAACCUCUUCAAGGAAUCUGAGCAGCACCUGCUGAAGUACCUGGAAGCCAACGCCGUCGGCAAGUACAAAGAGAGCCUCUAUUUCUUCCGCUUCCUCCAGUUCAAGUGGCUGGAGUCGCAGAGCGUAUCGGACGAGUGGUUCAUGGACUUCCGAGUGCUGGGGAAAGGGGGCUUCGGGGAGGUGUGUGCCUGUCAGAUGAAGGCCACGGGCAAGAUGUACGCCAACAAACGCCUCAACAAGAAGCGGCUCAAAAAACGCCAGGGCUAUGAGGGGGCAAUAGUGGAGAAGCGGAUCCUCGCCAAAGUCCACAGUCGCUUCAUCGUCACCUUGGCGUACGCCUUCCAAACCAAGACAGACCUCUGCCUCGUCAUGACGCUGAUGAACGGAGGAGACCUCAGGUACCACGUCUACAACGUCGACGAGAAGAACCCCGGGUUCUCGGAAUCCAGGGCCAUUUUCUACACAGCUCAGAUCAUCUGUGGUCUGGAGCAUCUUCACCAAAACCGCAUCGUCUACCGAGACCUCAAACCAGAGAACGUCCUACUGGACGACGCAGGGCACGUUCGGCUUUCGGAUCUAGGCUUGGCAGUGGAACUGGAUGAAGGAAAAGACAAGACCAAAGGCUACGCGGGUACCCCAGGAUUUAUGGCUCCAGAGCUUCUCAAAGGGGAGGAAUAUGACUCAAGCGUCGAUUAUUUUACACUGGGAGUAACGCUAUUCGAGAUGAUCGCAGCGAAAGGACCGUUCCGUAGUCGUGGGGAGAAGGUGGAGAACAAGGAGGUGACGCGCCGUAUCCUGAACGAUCCUGUGACCUACCCGGAGACAUUCAGUGCUGAGUGCAAGGCCUGCUGCGAGGGGCUAAUGACCAAAAACCCGGCCGCACGCCUCGGGUUCAAGAAUAACGAGUGCAGCGAACUGAAGAGCCAGCCGUUCUUCCAGAAAAUGAAUUGGGGACGGCUAGAAGCAGGGAUGGUCGACCCCCCUUUCGUGCCCGACCCCAAAGUGGUGUACGCCAAGGACAUCAGCGACGUGGGUGCCUUCUCCACGGUGAAAGGCGUCUUGCUUGAUGACACCGACAAAGCAUUCUAUGACGACUUCUCAACGGGCAACAUCCCCAUCCCUUGGCAAGAGGAGAUGGUUGAGACGGGGAUCUUUGGCGAGCUCAACAUCUGGGGCGCCAAGGGGUCCGUCCCGCGAGACCUGGACCGCAACGCUCCCCCCGAUUCCGCCUCCACCAAAUCUGGGACUUGCCUUUUGCUCUGAAGAGAGGCAGAUGAGCCACGCCCGGGACUCCCGCUGCCCCCAUGGCCCCUGGCCACCUCCGGCUCUUACGGAACGAGGGGUCAUGUAACAAGGACACGAUUUCAGGCUAUGAUCAAUAGCCACUUGGUCCUUCUGGAGCUGGGGAAACAAGCCAGGAACCCUAACACACGGCCUUGCUUUCUCAAACAAAUUCAACUCAACUUCCCCCUUUUGGAUCCAGUGCAAAAGCCCGUGAAGACAUCUGGUUUCAGCCUCCCUCCACCACCUCUAACCACUAAGCUUCACCCUUCAUAGAAUUGGGGCAUGCACCCUGAAGGCCCUUUCAUCCCUUCAAGUAACUGACCGGCUCUGGUUUGUACUCCCUGGACUAUUUUGAGGCUCAAACAGAGGUUCUGAAUGAGGAUUGCGGAGUUCUGCUUCCGGUUCGUGGGUAGGAAGAAGAAACUACCAGUUAAUGGUGCAGGAGAGAGGAAAUUAUCAUCCAGAAAGAAGUUGGAGGGCACAUACUGGUCCCAGUUUCGCACUGGGACUCCACAUUCCG